GUUCGUCGACAACGUUUCUAUGGAGGAUACGUUUCGUUCUCAUUCGAUCUGAGGCUACUUUUACGUUGAUCCUUUGAAAACCGGUUCGAAAGUACUGAGGUGUGGCGUGGGCGAUUCCAGUGCUGCGUCCGACCGUAAAACAAUUACGUUACAGUUUAAAAAACUUUGUGUUAAAAGUAUAUAACUUUGAAAGAAGUAAAAGUGUAGUGACUCACUUGUGGAUUGGAAAACCGCUAUCUCCGAAUCUAGAACGGGAUAGCUGCUGAGCAACUGGUGUUAGAACAGGACGAAUAGAGUGUCCAGUCGGGAACCGGUUGAGGUUUUUUUGGAGGGAAAAAAGUGGUCGUUUUGAACGCAUCGCCUAGAUGCGAGUGUUUCUAUCAAGUUGGUAGUGUGUGUGUUUAGAAUAAUAUUUUUUGAAAGUGGAACAAACAUGAUGGCAGUGUUUCCCGCGCUUUUUGGAUUGUUAAUGGCUACUAUGGUGACAGGCGACCCGAGUUUCACAAUAACGCCGACAGAGGCCGUGAGGCGCGUCGGCGGCGAACUGUUCGUGGAGUGCAAAGUGGCGUACCAAAUAAACUCGUGUCGAAUAAAAGUGGGAUAUCAGUCGUAUAUCCUGUCGCCGUCAGAACAGAAUCAAGCGGAUGACAUAGUCUACCAUGGCGGAGGACUGGAGAAAGGAGAAUGUGGAGCUCACAUAAGGCGCAUAAAGGAGGAAUGGAAUGGCAAUAUCACCUGCACGCUUCCUCCCCGGACCGGCAACGUCGAGAUAUCACGCAGCAUGAGGCUAGUAGUAGCAAGACCUCCCGGCGCGAUUAGAUUGGAAUCCACACAGCAACCGGCCUUCAAUGAAGGCGAUAAAUUCAUGGCACAAUGCAUAGUGCCAGAUGGAAGACCAGCCGCUAAAAUUACCUGGUUUUUGGAUGAGAACCCAGUCUUCGAAGGCAUCCAUCAGCCAAUAAUCACAGGCGAGACCAACGACCUUCAAACUAUCAGCCAGAACAUCAGCCGCAUUCUGGUCGCUGAUGAUAACGCGAAGACGUUGAUCUGCAGAGCCGAGCAUGAAGCAUUAGAUCAACCUAGAGAAGCGAAGAGGCAGAUUCUUGUGCAAUACCCACCACAGCGUCUAGAACAGGGCACAAUCACCAUCUUCGGACUGAAAUUGGGUGCCGAAGGGCGUCUGAACGUGACCAUUCGGGCGAACCCAGCCCCCGAUGUCGAGUGGACGUUUGGCGACCAGAAAAUCGUAGCAUCGGAGAAUAGCGAACUUUCCAAUGUUAAUGCGUUAGAGCCGCUACAUUUGGGUAAUGGCUACUACAACAUCACGCUGAUUCUAUACAGAAUUAAAAAGGAAGACGUGGACCGGAAGUACUACUUGAGAGUCACCAACGAACUGGGCAAUGAGGAGUUUGUUGUACUCAUCAGCACUAUGGACGAGCCAGCUGCGCGCAAAGCCAAGUCUUCAUUUCUGAUAAUCGAUGUCUAUGGUGUGGAACUAGACACAGGUGCAAUAGUGGGCAUCGUGAUAGCAGUCCUUGUGCUCCUCAUCGCUGUCUCACUGAUCGUAUUCGCCAAAGCUACCGGCAGAUGGUGUUUCGCAGGACGGUCGCACCGCACCGACAUACCUGAUGGGGCGGACUCCGAAGCCCCUCUGCCCCCACACGAUGACGUCAAGGGCUCGGAGAAUCCCUCCCAUGACCAUGGAGAGUACAUCAGCAACGGAAACACAAAACACCCCGAGAAAAAGCCGGACACAGCGGUAUAAAUGAAAGUAUGUAAGUCGUGAGCUGUCACUCGUCAAAGUCACAAGACUUACUUAUGCAGGAUUUAAGUUACACUUACCACUCAAUCAGUAAGACUUACAGGAAGUCUGACGGCUAUUGUUUAAUUCUUAUGUGUAUUUUAAAAAUAGUUACUUUUAUUGAAAAUAUUAGUAGGUAAUUGGAUUAUAAUGAUAAUAAACAAAUGAGAUUAUUUACAAUGUUAUAUCGAGUGACAGCGGAAAUAUCGCAGUUCGUUUUGAGAUUGUAUUAGAAAUUUUGAUUGGAAAGAAUAAUACAAAUAAAAUUACUUGCUGUCAAUCCAACGAAAAAGGGGGAAAAAUUCAACAUUUGUUUUCCUUUAUAUUUUAUUAUUCUUUUCAAAUUAAAAUUUCAUUGUAGGUUUGUAUAGUGCCAGAUAAGCUUCAAAUAUUGUUACUUAAUAUAAAAUUCUUUAUGUAGCAACGAAUCUACGGAGACCAUUUUAUAAUUAAGAUUUUUUUAUAAAGAUAUUAAAUUAAACUUAUAAAAUAUAGCACUUUAAUUUUAAUAGAUGAAUUGGUUUUUAUAGAGAUACUCGUAUAAAAAGUUAACGGCCAUUUUUUUUAAUAAAGCUUAUUAUGAACUAUUUUGAAACCCAGUGGAUUUUCAUUGUUUUCCAAUUUCGAAAAAAUAUAUCUAGGUAUAGAAUAAAUAAUCCGUUGUCUAAUUUUUACUCAUUUGUACUUAGAAUUUAUGUAACUUGGGUAUUGUUCCCAUCUGUUUUGGUCCCGUUAUUAACUCACAAAUUAUUUCACCUGUAUACUAAUGAAAAUUUGCUUCGAAAACAACGGUCCGAGUCACAGAUGGGUACAUCGCCCUUAAUGGAAUCAGUGAGAAUAGAAAUCUCAAGUAGAAAUGGACUUUUUGUUCACAACGAGUUUUAAACCGAGGUAACAUCACGUCAUUACGCCAUUUAGAAUUUGACUAUGAAAUUGUACUGUAUCAAGCGGGGCGAUGGCAUUUUCAAAUAUACAAAGCGACCACAAUAAACCUAAUUGUAAUAGAUAAAACGGAAUAUUUUAACACAAACAGUUGCUUUGUUAUUUAACAUUUUUAAUUUUGUGUUGAAAAUAGAAUGAAAGGUAUGUUUUAUGGCAUAUUGUUUUUUAACUAAUAUACAUUUAUAUAAUACUAAGUAAAAGAAAAUAUUUUGAACUGAAUCAGAGUCUGUUUACACAUUUUUAAUCAAAAUAGACCCCGUUACUUAGAUUAUUUACAAUCGAGCAAUAUAAACUAGAGCUUAUAAUAAUUAAUCAGAUCUGUCAGAAUUUGCCAUAAUUUAUCGGUAUUUGCAUAAUACACAGGUGUUAGAAAAGUCAACACCAAGAUGACGUCGGAAAUAAGGCUCGUUUAAACCGACAUUAUUAUUUAUUGUAUGUUUUAAAAUUGGCUAUUAACAAUAAGUGGUAUCAAUAAAAAAAAUCUAUAAAAUAUAAUUAUUGUUAAAAAAAAUAUUUAAAUCAAUCAAGAAAUCGGGUUGAUGUCCAUGAGAACUCAUAUAAAAAAAUUUUAAAGAAAAUAAUAAAAUUAUAUUAGAAACUGAUUAUAUAUUAUGCUUAUUCACUUUGCUAUUCUACUCUUGACCAUGAGUUUUGAUAUAAAGUACCUAACUAGUCGUUUAAGCCUUCAAUCUUAAAUGGCAACGAAUAUACCCGUGAAUAUAUUUCAUAGACAAUCUAUAAAUGGCGCCUUAUUAUAUUUUAUAGCAACUCCACUAUGUUAUUAGAAAUCUCAAAUAAUGCUCUUUAGAUAUAAAAUCUUUAUAGAUCAAUUUCUUAAAAUUUCUGAGACAUAUUACAAGUAUUUGUUUAUGUAAUAAUAUAAUUGUGAAUUUUAUAAGCCGUUCUAUUUUGAUAUUACUAAAUAUACCUACUUAAGUAGAUAGUUUAUUUUUACUUUGGGGAUCACUUUUUUAUACUGUUAAGUUAUUGUCGUCAUUAACCAUGCACUCUGACUAUGUACUACGACGGAAACUUAGGCAUUUUUUUUUUAUUUUGUCUCUCUAAUUUGUAUAUACACUUAAUUUUAUUAUAAAGUACUUUUUUUAAUCUCAAUAAGUAAUGCAAAAGGUUAAACAUAAUUAUAUAAUGAAAAUCUUCCCCUCGAUGUUAUUUUAGGAGAAUUUCAGAACGGAGACAAGUAAAGAUUACAUUAGUUAAAUAAAAAGCAACGUCAAUAAAUUGCUUUUAACCGUUUCUUUUAAAGGUUUUAUAUUUACUUAAUAUCCAGCUUUUAAAAUCGACAUUUUGACAGGUAGCACGCGCUUUAAAGCUUUGACGUUGAGGGUUAAUUUUGAAACAAAACAAAACAAUUAAAAAUAUUUUUUUUUAAUAUCCUUAAUGGAUAUAUUUUUAUAAUAAUAUUUAAAACUAAAGACAAAUCGUCUUCAGUUUUAAAAGCGCCUAAACCCUUAUAUGUAUAUGUUACAAAUUAUUAGAACAAUUGAAUCGAGGACACCUCUUAGUCCUCUAAUAAAAUUGACUGAUAAAUUUUUGUUUAUAAUAUCCGAUGAAUAGGUUGAGUUUAGCCUAGAUUUAAGUUUUUACAGUGUAUUAACUAAUUUUUUUAAAUACGAAUAUUGAAAACUUACAGGCAGCACAGUGGUAUUAAUAGUAUAGUCUUUUUUGUCAAUAAUAUUCUUUUUAAAUACAAUAUGUUAAAAUUUUAUUUUAAAUGAAACAGUCACGUUGUUCUUAAAAUUAUAUAUCAUAAGCUUUUAAAACCUUAACCAGUGUGAUAUUUUAAAGCAUAAACCAGGCCACCAACAACCGAUCUAAUUAAAAAAAAAAAUUUUUUUCCUAAUUUGCCGAACUAUGAAUCGAAUUUGUAAUCUCCUUUAUAUAUGUAGGUCUUCAUCAACAGUGUUGGAUGACCAUGAGCCCUGUACUAUUUACUAGGAUUCAAGAUGACUAUUUUAUAUUACCUAAUAACAGUACUGCUACUGCGUACAACAUUAUUAAUAAGCCUUUAUUUAACAUUUUUAAUCUCACCUGUAUUUCAAUUAGUUAUAUAGUUAUUACAUGUGUUCGUACCACCUUUUAUAUUUCUUUGUAUAUAAAAUGCUUCUCACUUUAGGUUUAUAUAUAUAAAAAUAAGUUACAAAUGUAAUGAUGAAGUCUCAUAUGAAGAAACGCGUCCAACUGUUUCAUGACUCAAUUUUUUGUAAAAAAUAUUUUUAGUUUAAUUUUAGAUAUAAAUAUAAGUCACCGAAAUUGUGAUUUUAUUUAGUAUAUUAUAUUAAAUAGGUAUGCAACGUAUUAUUUUUGUACCAACCUUAGUUUUUAAGUACCAUACCCUCAAUCGUUUAUACCGAAUUUUGGAUGUCAAUUACGAUAAAAAAUCAAUGUUUGAAAACACUGCCAUUUUGCACUUCGCCAAAUUAAUGCUUUUAUAAAAUAAGCUUACAGUUUUUUUUUUAAUACCAAGCAUUUUUUCUAUAUAAUAUUAUGUAACAUGUCAUAAGAGAGACUUACCUAAUUAUGUGUAAGCCAUUAUUAUCAACCGACUAUAAUCUUAAUAUAUAAUUAUAUAAAUUAAGGUUAUAAUUAAAUUUACUGUUUCUAUUUAGACAUGUUAUAUAACAGUUGUUCAAAGUUUUUAUGAGAAUCGAAAGUUUGUAUAAGUCUUGAUAAUAAUCAAUUGCGUAUUUGAUGUUUAUGGAACACUACGUUACUCUGAAAUAAAUGUAAUUAAACAUAAAGUAUUUAUUAAAUAAGAUAUAACUUGUUUUAUUUGUUUUUAUUGCACAUAAAAAGUGAGUGGUCAAAUGGAAAAUACGAUAACUGUUAUCGUUGGAAUAGGUUACGUGUCAAUAUAUAUAUAUAUAUAUAUAUAUAUAUAUUGAUUGAUAUAUAUACCUACGCCGGUUUGAUAAAAUACAUAAAUAAUAAAAGACGAAAAUACAGAUGGUUGCCUACAAUUCAGACAACAUUUUUUUAAUAUAAAAAUAUUAUUAACAAUUCAAGAAAGAAAAAUACCUAUAUGAGCGUGUUGCUAACAUCCCAAAAAAAGUCCAGGGACACCAACUGACCAGUACAUGAAUAAUCUAUACAGAUUACUAAAAAGAAUUAUCGAAUUUGGUAAAGGCACGAUAUAAAAAAAUUUGAUAAAAUAAAAAUAAAAUAGAAAACAUUAAUAGGCUUUGAAACAUUUUCACAUGGUAAGUACAAAAAUCAUAAGUAGGUACAGAAUAAAAUGGUCGGUUCUUGAAGACGAACCGGUAAAAAUUAUAAAGUAUAUUUUUAAUAAAAUGUCCGACCAAGGUUCAUGAACCGUGGUAAACCACGAUUACAUCUACAAUUUCUUAUGAAUUUAAAAUCAUCUUCAAACGUGACCAAAUUAAUAGGUGUGACUAAGUUUGAGCAUUAGCAAAAAAAUUGUCAGAAUCCCAAAGAUAUCUCGUAAUUAUACAAAAGAAUCAAUCAAAAUGAGGAUGACUUUUUCAAAAAAAGUUUUUUUUUUAAUGAAUAAUUAGUGGAGUAGUACCCCGCCUACGCUAUCGGUAUACACUGGCGGAGCACCAGUGAGGGUUGAUUGGUGAAAAUGAAAAGACAGUUAGCCUACUGUAACGAAUUCAAUGAUAAAUUAGUUACGAUGGUUUCCAGAAGGAACCGCGUGGAUAUCGACUUGAUAGGGUAUAUUGAUAGCAAUGGAGACUGAUCUUUCCAUUACUAACAAUCCCUUCUCACCCAACAAAAAGAGAUAUUAGGAUGUCUUUGGAAACACCGUUCAAAUUCUGGGGUGGGCAUAAUUCACCCGGCUCCUCUCUUAAAUAUGCCUGUUUUUUUAAUAGAUGAUAAUGGAAUAGUAACCCCGCUGUAAGCGACGAUAAGUAAGAAUGAAAAGGAAGGUCAGUUAGCCCGUCGUUAUGAAUUCACCUGAAAUUCAGUACGAUGGUUUCCAUGCGGGACCACAUGAAGGUUGACCUAAUAGUGCUAGUAAUGAGGCCGAUAGUCUGCGUUACUAAUAAUCCCCUCCCCCUCUCCAUACGCCUGUUUAUAAUUGUGCUUGUACUAUUUAAUCAAAAAUUCUUAGACUGAUUUUAUCAUUACUAGAUUAAAAGGUCGCAGCUUCAGUAUCUGAAAUGAAGAGCACGAUAACAUUAUCGUCGCUGGUGUAAAAUUUAAUACGAUAUUAUAAAUGUGCCGAGUCAACACUAGGUAUGACACUGUACUUAUUCUAUAAUGUAAUAGGCAAUGGUCGCCCCUUCCACUACAUUCUUUACUACUUUCAUUAUAGUAAAAUAAAAAAUAAUAGAAUUCC